AUACCAGGAUAAAGCCACAUUUUCUGAUAAAAGUACAGAAUCGGAAAGGCAAGAUACGCUUUCACCAACCUGAAACCAGUUUGGAAAUAUUCUGCACUCCGCAGUAUGAACAACAAACAAAAUUCGGAUUUUCAACACAAAUGUCAAGUCAGUUCUUCUAUACGGGUCAGAAACUUGCACUGCGUGUCAGCCACGAAAAGGAUUUCCAACAGGUUAGUGCAGACUUUCAUCAACAUUCGCCUUCGCUGGCUCGAUACUGAAUAUCAAAUAUCCUGUAAGAAAGAAUAAAUAACAAGAAACUCUGAAUGGCGAUGAACAAACCAACCGAGCAAGAGCGGAUUCCUCAACAAGUAUUUAGGAGAAAAUGGAGGUGGAUCAGGCAUACCUUGAGGAAACCGUCAAAUGACAUGGAGCUCAAUGCAGGCCAUUGCUGGAGUGGAAUGCCAAUGGGAAGUGACAACUGGGUCGUCGAUGCGAGGGAUACUACCCCUAACUCGGGUCCAAAAAUGUAGAAAAAUUGAAAAUUUCAAAAACGCUUCCAAAUGAUAGAGGAAUGCGUAAAACCUGUUUUAGUACUUGUGGCCAUGGGGUUUUGAGCUUUUCUAGGCUCAACAACGCCCAGCUAGGCUGUCUUGCUUAUAACCCUAAAAUCCUGUAGUAAACACAGCAUAAGCUAUACAGACGAUAUGAGCGUCGGUUAAAUGAUUCUCAUGGCUAGCUUAUAUAACUGUGCAUGAUUUUCUAUAGUCUUGGCAGACGUAUAGAAGCUAUUUGCAUGCUAAAUUGGUUGGCAGGGAUAACGAUUUGAUUGAAUUUGAUUGUGGCUGCUGGCUUCGUUUAUAGGGGCCUAUGGUCACUAUAGCAUCGCUAUGCGUGCUACUUUUGCAUACAAUAAUACGUUUGGCUGGUCUUGUAUGCGAGAUGACUUCUAUUGGGCUUGUCUAUGUAGUGCAUAAUUGAUUGACGCGAUCAAUGAUCGGCGCAGUUAUGAUUACCUAUGCAUUAUUAUGUAUACUAACGGUGCGAAUGGUUCACCGAGAG